CGUCUGCAGUCCGGGGUAUAAAUCAAACACUGCUCGCCAUUGUCUGGACCACGAGCUAUCCUUCUUAGAACCCAAGUUCUUGAUUCUCCAUUUUCUCACCACUAUCAACUAGCAGCAAUAAGCACGCAAUAUGAUCAAGGUUGGCGUUAUUGGUUUUGGCAUGUCGGCGCAGGUGUUCCACUGCCCGCUGAUUGACUCCAACGACAGCUAUGAGCUGGCUGCAGUCGUCGAGCGGCACGGCGCAAAGAGCCAGGCCAAGUAUCCACAUGUGCGAGUCGUGCGCAGCAUUGACGAGCUGCUGGCUAUCUCCGAUAUCGAGCUGGUUAUUGUGACCACGCCCAACGAUACGCACGUCCCUUACGCCAAACAGAUCCUUGAGUCCGGCAAGCACUGCGUGGUCGAGAAGCCCUUCGCAGUGACUGAGACUGAGGCGCGUGAGCUGGCCGCUGUAGCCAAGAAGACUGGCAAAGUGCUGAGCGUGUUCCAGAACCGCCGCUGGGACGGCGACUUUUUGACUGUUAAGCAGCUGCUGUUGGAGAAGGCGCUGGGCGACGUGGUCGAGAUUGAGAGCCGGUUCGACCGGUUCCGCACAUACAAGAAGCCGAACGCGUGGCGUGAGGUCGCCAGCUUCCCCGGCUCCGGUGUGUUGUACGACCUGGGUGCGCACUUGUUUGACCAGAUCGUCGAUCUGUAUGGCCCACCCGAGUUUGUCACUGGCAAUGUGCGCAACGAGCGCCAGAUAGAUGGCGCCCCUGACGAUUCCUUCCUGGUCGUCCUGGACUACCCAAGUCUCAAUUUCAAGGCAGUCUGCCGGGCCGGCAUGCUGGUGCGCGACAAGCCGCCAAGAUUCACUGUCCUCGGCACCCGUGGCACCUUCACCAAGUUUGGUCUUGACGUGCAGGAGCAGCAGCUCAAGGACGGUUUGACUCCACGUGAUACUGCAUAUGGCAAGGACAACGAGUUUGGUACCCUGGACUCAGAGGUGCUGCCCAAGAUCAACGUGCGCGGCCAGGUUGCGACCCUCGACGGCAACUAUGCUGCGUACUACAACAAUGUCGCUGCGGCUAUCCGCGGGGAUGAGCAGCUUAUUGUCACGCCCGAACAGGCUGUCAGUGUCAUCCGCAUCAUCGAGCUAGCGAAGCAGAGCAGCGAGGAGCGCCGUACCAUGAGCUUCUGAUUACUGCCCUAUAAUACAUGUACCUGAACCGCACCAUUGAGUCAAUCGCCUCUGUUUCUGGAAAGAAAAACUGCACUUAUGCU